AUGUCGACAACGGAGAUUAGGCCUGAAGAGAGCACAAAAGAAUUCAACGGAUCACAGCUAGACAGGCCGAGACAGCUUAACAAUUCACUUCCUCCGAAUUUGACGUGGCCCCUGAGCGAUGUUAUCUCGCUUUGCGUCCAGAAUCUUUUACCUACAAGUCCAUUGUUUCUCCAGGACGCUUCGACGUCUCAGAUGUGUUGCUCAUGGAUAGAGACUCUCCCUGCGCUAAUCAGUAAUGACCACGGGGUUGACGACUUCCUUGCGCCAGGCAUAAAGGCACUUGGACAAUCGAUUCUUGCUCGGAGUGAAAGCGGAUGGGCUCCAGUAUCAUCUGCACUAGAGGUGCAGUUAUCAUCGAUGCGUGCAAUUAAAAGAGCUCUUGAAACAAGCAUAACCCCUCUCUGCAACCGAUUAGUAGCUGCAACCAUGUGCUUGCUCAUGUCUGAGAUUGUUCUCUCUAAGUUUCCCCCGAACUUUUCAAUCCAUGUCAAGGGCAUGUCGGAUCUAAUCUACCAUUGCGGACCAAAACAUUAUUCUAUUGGUUCCUCACAAAGACUUUUUGUUGCAUUAAGGCCAAUUCUUGUUACCAACGCAAUAAUGAAUCGGCAAUCCACCUUCCUGGCCAUGAAGGAGUGGGACGAUGUCCCUUUUCAAGAUAUACGAGCGAAGCCUUUCCAGGUACUCAUAAGCGAGGCCAGUCAUAUUCCGGCCAUUCUUGAGAAAAUUGACGGCCUCAAUUACAAUAACCCAACCUCUGCAAAUGCUAUGGCAAAAGGUCUUGGUCUAAACCUUAUCCACAUCAUGCACCGCCUGAAUCAAUGGUAUUCUCAUUUGCAGGAGGUAAUUGGAUACCCCUUGUGCUGGGAAACUGUGUCUGUCAAUGGUGAGGCCUUGACUUGGUUUGCAGACCUCAUAAUGGCCACAAGUCUGAUCCACUUUUGGGCUUUCUGGAUCAUCUGUGCCAUCGAACUUCGGAAACUAGAGAAAGGCUUCCCAUUCUUAAAGGAAGCAAUCAUGCAUACAUGUGCUCAGUAUCUGGUAGACAGUCACUCUGUAACGGCAAUUUUUCAAGUAGGAACUUCCAUCCUACAAAGUAUGGACUUUUUUUCGCAGGAUGCAAUGAACUUCGUUGGCAUUGCAGAGUUUUCUUUCCCUUUCCAUAUUGCGAUUAUUAGUCUAAGCUCUCUUGAAGGAGAAUAUAAGACGCUGUCUUCUCAAGUAAUAGAAACAGCGCUGGAAAGGAGCGUAGGUGCUAGGUUCAAGGAAAUUCGGUUCUUGUAUAUGCGGAAGCAGUAAUCGUAAAUAC